GUACAAGUGGCCCAGGGCCUGGAGAGAUGGCCCGACAGCUGAGCACUUGCAGCUCUCCUCAGCUAGGGGUGAGACUUCACAAGCCCCUCCCUGUCCAUGUGGCCUGGGCCAGCCUUGUGAGUGCAGUCACGGCAGCUGUGAGUUACUUGCAACCCUGUCUUGUCGGGCAAAUACUGUUUGGCUACAGACAUCCUCCUCUCUGGCUCUCACUGCCUGCUUGCUACCUGGGAGGCACUCCACACUCCUCAAAGACCUUCCCUCUUAAAAGUUCACCACCUCUUACCUUCACAGAGCCAAACUUCCAGCACACAGCCUUUCUAGCCAGAAGCUCUAGCCAAACUAUAGCACACACUGUCAGCUAAGGUGAUUCACUGUUAAAAAAAAAAAGCCAGCUAAUGAAGCCAGACUUAGUGGAGCAGGCCAUUAAUCCCAGCAGGGUGGGAGGAUCUCUUGAGUUGAGGCCAGGCUGGUCUACAGAGUGAGUUCCAGGACAGCCAAGGCUACAGAGAAACUGUCAGGAGUUGAGGGGAGUUAAUAGGGUGAGCACAGGAGACAGUCCGCAGAAACUUCCAGAACCCUCCACCACAGCAAUCAAAUACCACAUGCUUCACCCCACAUGAACAGACUGCCAGCAUGUGAAGGAGUGGUCUGCCAUUGGAAGUUGGUUAGUGUCUGCAUCCUGGUUUCCAUGGAGACGCCCACAUGGUGUCAGGAGGACUGCCUCCUCCCAGUGAGCAUGUGCUUAGCACAGACCUUAGUGUGUAUGCAGAUGGCUAGCACCACCCUGAGCCACCCAGAUAAGGGUUCCUUUGGAUUUACUUUUUGUGGUUUUUGACUGAGGAUGAUUAUGAAGUCCAGGCUGCUCUAGAACUCACAGCAGUCCUCCUGUUGCAGCCCCCUGGGUGCUGGGAUGACAGACGAUCUUCACCAAACCCUGCUGACUCUGUUCUGAGCCUUACCAUGUGUGCCAUGGAGAGAUCCCAGCUCCCCCACUCACAGUCAGUAGGAAGAGUCAGGAAGGUGGGGCGGGGGCUAGAGAGAAGAGAUGAGCAAUGGCUACAAAGGCACACUAAGAUCCUACAGGGGCUAAAGGGAUGCCUCAGUGGUUAAGUGCACUUGUUGCUCUUGCAGAGGGACACUGGUUCUAUUUCUGCAACCCAGCUGGUGACUCACCACAAUCCUUAACUCCAGUCCCAGAGGACUACUAAGUCUGUAACACUAAGCACACACGUGCAUGGUGCAGAGACACCUGCUGGCCAAACACCCAUACACAUAAAAAUAAAAACAUCCUAUAUGCAUCAUAAGUGAUAACCCUGUGGCAUUAUUUGGCCCUCAGAAAGAACUCCACACAUCUGGUCCUGCCAAGCACAUGUGCAGUCUGGAUUCCACAACAGUUUCACAGAGCAGGGUUCAAGACUGAGGUUUCGUACCCAGAGUCUUCCGGAAAUAAUAAUAGCAUGCGUCUUUAAACAGAGAGAUGCUUCCGAUGUGACAGAAGGGUAACAAUCUCAAAAGGAUCCAAGAUAAAAAGCAUUAAGGAGCAUAAAAGCUUGGGAGCCAAGCAGGUCUUCCCCAGCCCUGGAGAAGAGAACAGGAGGGAGAGGGGCGUGAGGCCAGUGGGCUAUUACGAGGUUGGAAAGGCUUUCGAAUUUUAUUUUUCUGUGUUUGAGUGUUUGCCUGCAUGUAUGUCUGUGCAUCACAUUCGUGCCUGGUGCCCAUGGAAGCCAGAAGGUACAUGGAAUCCCUUGGGGCCAGAAUUAAAAGUGAGCCACCUUGUGGGUGCUGGGAACCAAAUCUUGGUACUCAAGUAAGGGCAGUGCUCCUAACCACUGAACUGUCUCUCCAGUUCUUGGGCAGGUUUUUAACACAAUCAUAGAUUGAAAUAGCCUCGGCAAAGUUCAGAGCAUGUUUUAUCACCGAGUCCUCGUGAGCAGGCCCUACUUCCUGUUGUCCCCCUUGGUGAGUUGCCCCUGGCAGCCUGUCAUCUGCUUCUGUCUAAUUUGCCUGCUCUGGCUGUAUGCUAAUUGUGAUGACACACACCCUUCUGUGCUGUGUUGUUACUCAGCAACAACUUCUGGUGUUUUGUUUUGUUGACACAGGUCUCACUGUGUAGCCCUAGCAGGCCUGUUGUUGAUAUGCAGACCAGGCUGGCCUUGAACUAACUGAGAUCUACCUUCCUGUGCUUCCCAAGGGCUACCAUUCAAGGCAAGGGCCAUCAUACUCAGCAGCAAGUUAUUAGUUUAUACAAGUUACAGCCUGUGGCAGAACUUCCCUCAUUUUCAUGGUUGAGUAAUAUUCCAGUGUGUGAUACCAUGUUUUGAGUGUGUCUGCUAAGGUUCCUGGGCUCACAGCUCAAGCCCAAUGUAGUAACAGAAACUUUUUUUUUUACUUAAAAAAGUUUGGUUUUGUUUUUUUCCCUGUGUGUAUGUGUUCAGAGGACAGUUUGUAGAGGGAAUCACUUUGUGAUUCUUGGGGAUCAAACUCAGGACAUAAUGUUUGGCAGCCAGUGCAUUUACCCCCUGAGCCUUCUUGCUGCCCACCCCCGUUUUUGAGGUAGGAUACGGCCCAGGCUGGCCCAGAUCUUGCCUUCCUCCUGCCUCAGCCUCUCCAAGUGCUGGGAUGAGAGGUACGCCAUCAUUUCUUUUGCUUCAGCCUUGACACCCAGUAUGGUACUUGCACAGAAGUCAAGCCCAACCAGUGUUUGUGAAAUGAACAAACGGAAUGAAAGAAUGAACAAAGGAAAAAUAGAAGCAGAUGCCCUUGGCAGAGAGAACUAUAAAAUGGUGGCUCUACCCUUCCCUACCUGCCCCUGUCCCCAGAGUUUGUGGCCCAAGCUGAUGCAGUUUGGCUGCAGCUACCUCCCCUGAGGAUUGUCCACUGGAACUCACCCUAUGAGGUCAACAAAAGAAGCUGACAUAGAGGGAGCAGGACCUCGGGGUCCCUGUUAUCUUCCUUCCAUCAGGCAACCCUGUUUGCACCGCCUUGGUGGUUACCACAGCUUCCUUUGGGAGCUGUGUCCGUUUGUGAACCACACAGACAUGGGGCGUAGGGGAAUUCUACUUUGACUGCUGACAGGAAGAUGUUAUCCUGUAGAAGACCGCAGCCCCAGAGCAAAGCCAAAACAGCUCAUGUUCUCUGAGACUGAGCCCCAUUCCCACCCGCCCCCACCAGUCCAGCAUGGACUGGGCCUGCGCCCCAGUUGACAGGGUGCUCGCCUAUCAUGAAUGAAGCUGUGGGGCCUAUCCCAAUACCACAGAAAAUAUGGUCACCCCUGUAAUCCUAACACUCCAGAGGCAGAAGCAAGAAGAACAGGGUUUUGAAGCAGUCUCAGCUACAUAGUGGCUUCCAAGCAAGCCAGGACGCUAUGAGACCCUACCUUACAAAAACAAACAAAACAAAACAGGUGUUGUCUUGCUUUGAUUUUGUUUGGGUUUUGAGUUUGAGUCUCCCUAUGUAGCCCAGGCUAGCCUGGAACCCCAAGUCCUCCUGCCUCAACCUUCUGAAUACUGGGACUACAAACCUGAGCCACAUCACACUUUUAUGUUGGCCUAGAGGGCAACACAAUUGUAGAAUGUCAUUUCAAGUGUGUUUUUGCAAAGGAAGGCAGGAUGCAGCUGUGUGGGCAGUGAGAGUCUGUUCUUCAAUGUCUCUGUCCAACCUCAGGACCUUUGCACGUGCUGUUCCCUGUCUAUACACUGUUCCUGCACCCCAUACCCACCAAGCAGUCUCCUGCGUGACCCCUUUCACUUUUUGACUCUCACACCCCCAUUUCCUGACAGCCGACUACUUUAAGGCUGCAAUUAAGGUAGGAAAUACACUUCAGCUAGCAGAGUGCUUGCCUAGCAAGCAUGAAGUUCUGGGCUCCAUCACCAGCAAUGCAUAAUCUUGGCAUGAUGGCGGAGACCUGCCAGCACUCGGGAGGUGGAAGCAGGAGGAUCAGGAGUUCAAGGUCACCCUCAGCUACGUAGCAAGUUCCAGGCUAACUAGGGCACAUGAGACUGUCUCAAAAGGGAAGGAAGGGCUGCAACUGUCUUGGGGGUUCCAUGGAGCUGGUGGUGAGUAGAUAGUGAGCAAAGACAUAGCAGGAGCCAGUAUCAGCUUCAGCCACAGACCAAACCGUGAGUUUAGUCCCGCCCAGGUUCACCUGCUGGAGGAAACAGGAACCGCCUGGGGCUGCCCGCCCUGCCCCUCUGACGUGCAGACCCUGAAGCGAAACUAAGGCUCCAGCGGCAGCUCAAGAGCAGCACAGCCCAGGCUCUCCGAGUCUGGACGGUUGCCUGCUGCACCCUUGGGGAUUGGGACUGCAAUCUGCAUGAAUUCUGUGAGAGGCGGACCCCCGAGGCAGGUUCUGUGAAGCAUGGACUGUGUCCCUAAGUCACCAGCUCACAAAGCCCUGCGGUACCCUGAGUGUAAAUCAACCAAGAGCGUGAAUUAACAGCACACAGGAGGAGCUGUCACCUAAGAAGGUGAUCCCCUUCCCUGGAUGCCAUGGCAGAAGCCUGGAGGCCGCCCCUGCCACUGCCCCCUCGGCUGGACUGGUUUGUGCACACCCAGGUGGACCAGCUGGCCCAAUAUGGGAUCCCGGAGUGGUUCCAUGGCACCAUCUCUCGAGAAGUUGCUGAGAAUCUGCUGGAGUCACAACCCCUGGGGACAUUUCUUAUCCGAGUCAGCCACAGCCAUGUGGGCUACACCCUUUCCUACAAAGCCCAGACCUGCUGCCGUCACUUCAUGGUGAAACUCUCAGAUGAUGGGACGUUCAUCCUUGCUGGGGAUCAUGUGACCCACGCUUCUCUCGACGCCCUGGUCACUUUCCACCAGCAGAAACCUAUUCGUCCAUACCGGGAGCUUCUGACACAAGCCUGCGGGCAGAAGGAUCCAGCAAACGUGGACUACGAAGAUCUCUUACUGUACUCUAAUGCCCUGGUUCAGGAUGCUGAAAGCCGUGGCCCCACUGAAGUUCAGAGGCCUUCUUCCUGCCCACCCGAGGAGGCUCCUGAAAGGAGGCCUAACGCAGCAACUGAUGGAAAGCUCCCAUCAGCCCCGUGCUCCCCAAAAGCACAUUUUGGGGAGGCAGGACAGAAACUGUGGAAGAACCUGAGGACUCUGCCAGAGACCAGCCGGAGGGUGAAACAGCGGCUCACUUCGCAUCUGUCAGCCACAAACCUGCUGGGCGAUGCCAGGCGUGUGGUGCAGCAUUGCAGUCCAGUGACUCGAGUAUCCAGCUGGGACAGUGCUAGCCAUUCCAAGGACCCUGGUGCAGCCACCUCUCUCCAGAACCUCUCAGAGCCCCAGGCCCAGAGAAGCAGAGAAUCCACCUUCACAGCCUCCAGGCCUGCCAGCUGGAAGGAGGCAGUCUCAGGGGUCAGGGCCUGGCGUGGAAAGGUGGCGAGGGCCCUUUCGGUCCAGGCAACCAAGUCAGAGCCUGAAGACUUGCCAGAAGCCCAGGACUGGCUACCUGAGGAAUACCUCCGACCACCACCUUUUGCCCCUGGGUACUGAUAGCACCCUCUCUGUCUUGGGUACCCAUCUCUUCUUUCCAGUCCCCACCCCUGCCCUCACAACCAGAGAACUGUGCGAGGGCUACAGGGCAGAAUUCUGCAGUUGUCAACAGAGGGACCUGAUUGCUCUAAUAAUAAUAGAAUUACCACUUUAGGGACUCGGAUGAGAUGGGCCAUCGAUAGGGGAGUAAAGGGCUUGCAGGCAACCUAACUAGCUGAGUCCAAUCCCUGGCACUCACACCAAGGAGUGAGUCAGACCCAACACCUGAAAGUUGUCCUCCAACCUCCACACACGUGUUGACACACACAUAGUAAAUACAACUUUAAGAAUAAUUAUCGCAGUGACUCGGUGGGCACAACACAUGUCAGGCCUGUAUCCCAGCCUCUCUGAUCAUGAGUUAGUCCUCUAUGUCCCACUCAGCCACAUUAGCCCACUUGAUGAAUUCUAGACUGUUUUUAUAAAAGGGCAGGUGAGAGAAAGCCACGCCAUCAUUUGGCAGAGCUCGUGUGGAGAGUUUUCCUAUUGGAGGAAGGGAAUGGGAAAGGGGGAGGGGCAGAGGGAGGCUGGGGACAGGAGUAGCUAUACAGAGGAAAGGGGGGCUGAUGGAAUGGGUCGGGAGAGGGAAGGUGGGGAAGGCCCACCUUUUAAAAAGGAACAUAGUGAAUGUGCUGUUAGCAGCUGCAGCUAGCUGAGGACUUACCCUGUCAGAACUCCAAGGGCAGGCCAGCACAGAUGCCUACAUACUAACACAGACCAGAGUUAAAAGUAAUCUGAACAGUCAAGAUAACCCCAGUAAAGGCUCUUGCCUCUAAGCCCGAGGAUCUGAGUUUGAGCCCCAGGACCCACGGUGGAAGGAGAGAUCCGACGCCUACAAGUUGUCCUCUGACCUCCCACUGUAUAAAAGCACACACAAAUGCCCCCACAAAACACAAAGGUGGGGUUGGCAGUGGCCUCUGAAGGGAUUCCUACAUUAAAGCACCAUGUGAUCGUUGAUGAACGCAGACCUCUCUGGGCACGCUUCUUCACUUGGGGCAUGAGGAAGGCAGGGAAGACUGGGGCUUCUACUUAUCAGCAUCAGCAUCACCACUAUUGGUUGACACGGGGUCUCAUCAUGUACCCCUGGCUGUGUCAGAACUGGCAGAGAGCCACCUGCCUCUGCCUCCUGAGUAACAAGAUUAAAGUUGUGCUCCACAA